AUGGUAGUCGAUCAGAUGGAUAAUAACUUCAUAGACUCCUUACGAUGUAUCAAUAAAGAUAUAAAGAAAGAGUACAAAUCUUUAAGGAACCGGCUUCAGAGUAUCCUUUUAGACUAUACUUUUCUUUGCACGGAGGUACUUCCAUGUUUUCCUGAGUACCCAUUAGUUCCAAAUGAAAGAUGUGGAUUGUGGUACUGUAAUCCUAAGGAUUUCACUCAAACCAGUUAUUUUAAAAGCACUGAUGGCCAUACCAACCAGUGGGAUUUUAGUUCGAGAAGACUCAACUUUCAUAUAAUACCCACCAUCGCCAAGAGCAAUGGUAUCAUUAUCGUUGAUAGUACCAGACGUGGGAAGAAAGUACCCGAUGCACUAAGUAAGACAAUACCAAUUUGGUGUGCUGUUUUAAAUCACUUGAUGUUGGAAUCUCAAGGUGGGUCAGUGAAACAAGAGACACUUUACGUACCUCCAGAAACUGUGUCUGAGUCAGAAUUUUACUCAAUUAAGAGCCGUAUACCAGAGCUGGUUGAAAAGUUAAAAAGUCUAGAAGUCAUUAAUGGGAAAGAGCUUCAUAAGCAGUUAGGAGGUAAAUUGUUACGGCCAUUUUGGAUUUAUCCCGGCUCCUCUAUCCUUCAAUCCACUACUGAUAUCUUCACUGGGGAGGUAACAAGCGAUAAAUGGAUUCCAGUCGAUAACAGUAUUAUACCUAUCAUCUUAUGCACCGUGAGUUACCAAGCUCAAGAUGGUGUAGAUAAGAGACGUGGUUUUACUUAUGUGCAAGGGGCGGCUGACGAUCACGAACUUUGGUCCCAUGGCCUGAACGCUAAGAUCUUUUGGUCCAAUAUUGAUAUUCUUGGAAACCAGGAAAGCUCAGAGGAAGAGCUCGAGCGAUUUGUAUCACAACUGAGUUUGCGUGGGUGCGAUCUCUCUAAAGAAAUACAAUUUAGCGACGCUUUCCCCCAAAUCGAUUUGGUAACUCCCGAGCUCUCCUUAGGUUUGGUGAUCGAUAAUCUUGAGUUUAAUCCAAAGUUGAUCGGAGAAAUACGGCAAGCUCAUUCCUUGGUGAUUGUUCUGAGUCAGUCGGUCAACUUUCCCCAAAAGGUUGCGGAGAUGGAAAAUGCAUCAGAAUUCAUCAGUAUUCACAAACUACAAAGCGGCUCAAAGGUCAGCUCUCGAAAUUUGAAGACAGAAUUACUCAAAAUAGUCCCUCUCAUUGAGAAGCACAUUCUGGAUUUAGAUAAACAGAGAAAACCGGUUCUGAUCUGUUGCAACUCUGGUACCGAUAUGUCUAUCGGUCUCUUAUUAGUGGUCCUUUGCCGCAACUACAAUAUGGAUUGGCAGCUGAACACGCCCACCUCUGUGAGUAAGAUCGUUGUCAAAAAGCAUCUAGCUAAACUAAUCUCACAUCUAAAAGGCCGAAAUGUCAAUCCACCUCGAGCGACUUUGAAUAGUGUGAAUAGCUACCUGAUGUAA